GGAAGGAGGGACAGAGGCUAAAGGAGACAGCAGCUUUUUCUUUCCCGCCUCUCUCCCUCUUUUAACACACACAUAUACAGAAAUCUCUUUUCCAUGGCCUCCGUCAGGGUGUUGCCAUAGGAACCGUAGUGACAAAGGCAAGGAAGUCUCCUGGGCCUGUGUGUGGAAGGACUGGAGGGAGAGAGAAGGAGGAGUCUGAGCCACAAGUUUGAGCGGAUCUCCAAACUGCUGGAAAAGUUGCUUACGAAGCGGGGUGCUGGUGGGAGAGAUGCUGGGAAGCCCAGCGCAGCUGAAUCCAUGGCAGUAGGAAGGCUGGGAUUGCCAUGGCGGUGGAGGCGGCUGCGGCAGCUGCACAGAGGCUAGGCCUGGCAGAGAUCUGAAUGGCAGUGACUGGCGGCCAGGGAGGACCGCCCGACUGACCCUGCGGGCUGUGGGCGUUGUCUCCCACAUCUCCAAGGAUGCUCUGCUUGCCACUCCUCCUGCUCGCCAGCCUCUCUCGUUGCUCCAGCUCUGAAGUCAACCCUGCGAUAUGCCGAUACCCUCUGGGGAUGCACGAAGGGACCAUCCGAGAUGAGGACAUCACUGCUUCCAGCCAGUGGUAUGACUCCACGGGGCCUCAGUAUGCACGGUUGCUGAGGGAAGAGGGUGAUGGGGCAUGGUGUCCAGCGGGUCUCCUGCAACCUGAAGAUGUGCAGUUUCUCCAGAUAGACCUACAUAAACUCUUCUUCAUCACACUGGUGGGGACGCAAGGUCGGCAUGCCCGGGCAACUGGGAAAGAGUUUGCCCGUGCCUACCGGAUCGACUAUAGCCGCAACGGGGAGCGAUGGCUCUCUUGGAAAGAUCGUCAGAACAAGCAGGUGAUUCAAGGCAACACUGACACAUAUGACGUUGUCCUGAAAGACCUUCGCCCGCCUGUCAUUGCCCGCUACAUCCGAGUGAUCCCAGUGACUGAGCAGCCCAUGACUGUCUGCAUGCGGGUGGAACUCUAUGGUUGUGUUUGGUCUGAUGGUUUGGAAUCCUAUAGCAUGCCUGAGGGGGAGAUGAUUGCAGCUCCUGGCCACCCCAUCGUUUACCUGAACGACUCAACCUAUGAUGGUUACCAGGAGCGCAGGCUCCUGCAUGGUGGGUUGGGCCAGCUGACAGAUGGCGUCCUGGGCUUGGACGAUUUCACCAAGAGCCACCAGUACCGCGUGUGGCCAGGCUACGACUACGUUGGCUGGAAGAACGACAGCUUCAGCAGUGGUUCUGUUGAGAUGGAGUUUCAGUUCGAUCGGCAAAGGAACUUCACAUCCAUGAAGAUCCAUUGCAACAACAUGUUUUCCAAGGGAGUGAAGAUCUUUGAGAGGGUGGAGUGCUUCUUCAAGCCACGGCUGAUCGCUGAGUGGGAGCCGGACCCUGUGGGUGUGGACACCGUCUUGGACGACAAGAACCCCAGCGCACGAUUUGUGACCGUCCCCCUCAGUCAGCGUGUGGGAAAAGCCAUACUCUGCCACUUCUACUUUGCUGACACCUGGAUGAUGAUCAGCGAAAUUUCCUUCCAGUCAGAUAUGGAUGCCAGUGACCCCAUUACGGUCACUCUGGCCUCAGGCACAACCUCAGAGAUACUCCCAUUGGAGGAACUCAACGCAACAGAAGGGACUUGGCAGACCACCUCGCCACCUGCUGCAACGAGUCCUUGGGUGGCUCCGAAGGCAGAGGACUCCAACACCUCCAGUCUGGUCAGCUGCCUUGUGGCCAUCAUCCUGCUGCUGCUUGUCGUCAUUGUUGCUAUCCUGUGGAGGCAGCAUGUCCAGAUGCGGCUGGAGACGGCUCCUCGGCGGAUCCUGGAAGAAGACGCCACCGUUCGGCUGUCCUUUUACAGCUCCAGAAUUGUCAACGGCCAGACACAGAUCCACCAGACUAACCCCACCUAUGAGAGGGUCUUCCCACUGGACCUGGAAUAUCACCAGCCCAUCACCCUCCUUCAGAAACUGCCUGAGCUCUCCCAAAGCGCUGAGGACUCAGCAUGUAGCGGUGACUAUGCCGAGCCAGACAUCACCAAGUGCACCCCUCACCAGGGAUUCCAGAACAACGUCCCCCACUAUGCAGAGACGGACAUUGUAAGCUUGCAGGGCGUCACGGGAAACAACACAUACGCUGUGCCAGCCAUCACAGUGGACUCGUUGACCAAGAAGGACAUCACUGUGGCUGAGUUCCCAAGGCAGCAGCUGCGGCUCAAGGAAAAGCUGGGAGAAGGGCAGUUUGGGGAGGUCCACCUGUGCGAAGCUGAUGGUCUCCUGGAAUUCUUGGGUCGUGCUUCCUCAGAAGCCUCCAGCCAGGCAGUUCUGGUAGCUGUAAAGAUGCUGAGAGCCAAUGUCACCAAGACAGCCAGGAACGAUUUCCUGAAGGAGAUCAAGAUCAUGUCCCGGCUGAAGGACCCGAACAUCAUCCGCCUGCUGGGGGUUUGCGUGAGGGACGAUCCGCUGUGCAUGAUCACCGAGUACAUGGAGAAUGGGGAUCUCCACCAGUUCCUGCUGCAACGCCAGAACAGAAGCACCUUCACACUCUCCAACAACAUUCCCUGUGUUAGUUGCCUCCACCUCCUGCUCAUGGCUACCCAAAUUGCCUCUGGCAUGAAGUACUUGGCCUCCCUGAACUUUGUGCACCGGGACUUGGCCACACGCAACUGCUUGGUUGGGAACAAUUACACCAUUAAGAUUGCCGAUUUCGGCAUGAGCAGGAACCUGUAUAGUGGCGAUUACUACCGGAUCCAGGGCCGGGCUGUGCUGCCAAUCCGCUGGAUGGCCUGGGAAAGCAUCCUGCUGGGCAAGUUCACCACGGCCAGUGACGUCUGGGCUUUUGGUGUGACGUUAUGGGAGAUGUUCACACUGUGCAAGGAGCAGCCUUACAGCUGGCUCUCUGAUGAGCAGGUCAUUGAGAACACGGGGGAGUUCUUCCGAGACCAAGGCCGGCAGGUCUAUCUGACUCAGCCACCCCUGUGCCCCAAUCCUCUAUUCUCCUUGAUGAUGAAAUGCUGGAGCCGUGACAUCAAAGAUCGCCCAGCAUUUGAGGCCAUCCACCUGUUUCUGGUGGAGCAAAUGGAUGGUAGCAUUUGACCUGCAAAAAGCACCCGAGGGACACAGUCAAGAUACCCACCUGCCUCUUCUUGGCCUAAAACUUCCUAGCAUUUUGGUUGUGCCCCCCUUGCCACAUUGUGUGAAACCAGGUGGAUUUCAACAGACAACUGAGGCGACAGUUGGGGUUAUUAUCUCUUGGGAUUCCUUUGGAACUGGGUGUGACAUGCCCUUUUUG